CGGAGAUGGAAGGAUGAACAUCAAACAGACUUGAGCCUUAAAAAAAGACUACAAAUUCGCUGUUGACUGCAAAUUGAGCCAAAAAAAAAAUUUCAUUAUUUAAUUUGAUUUCAUCAUACAAUAUGAAAGCUUGGUAGGUUAGAAAUUCAUAUCACAGAUUUUGAUUUGAUUCAUUUUUUUCGAGAGUGAGAGCGCGCCAUGGAUCGUAAUCAGCCACUGCGACCACCAUCUCCGCAGCCUCGUUCUUCAGAAUCCGGCGGCAGUUUCUCCUCCGUACUCACUGUUUUCGCCUCCUUCAUCGCCAUCUUUUCCAUGGUGCUGAUUCCAUCUCAAUCAAACUUCAAAAGUAACUUAUCUAUUUUACACCAAGUACCAGAAGGUCAUGUUGGAGUAUAUUGGAGAGGAGGUGCCCUUCUGAAGACAAUAACGGAUCCAGGUUUCCAUCUAAAGUUGCCUCUGUUAACCCAGUUUGUGCCUGUUCAAGUUACCCUCCAGACUGAUCAAGUUAGGGAUAUUCCAUGUGGUACUAAGGGGGGCGUAAUGAUCAACUUCGAGAAAAUCGAGGUUGUCAAUCGCCUCCGCAAAGAAUAUGUGCAUGAAACCCUGGUCCACUAUGGUGUGAAUUAUGAUAACAUAUGGAUAUAUGACAAGAUUCAUCAUGAAAUCAAUCAGUUUUGUAGUUCUCACAGUCUUCAGCAAGUUUAUAUUGAUGUUUUCGAUCAGAUUGAUGAAAAGAUGAAAGAUGCCCUCCAAGGUGACUGUACACGUUAUGCUCCAGGUAUUGAAAUAAUCAGUGUUCGUGUAACAAAGCCCACCAUCCCACAUUCUAUCAGAAAGAACUUUGAAGACAUGGAAGUGGAGCGUACAAAGGUUUUAAUUGCUAUAGAGAGACAAAGGGUAGUGGAGAAAGAGGCAGAAACCAACAAAAAAAUGGCGAUCAGUGAAGCUGAGAAGAAUGCUAACGUUAGCAGGAUCCUCAUGGACCAGAAACUAAUGGAAAAGGAGAGUUCCAGGAGACAGCAAGAAAUUGAUAACCACAUCUAUCUUGCUCGUGAAAAAAGCCUCGCCGACGCCAAUUAUUACCGUGUUCUAAGAGAAGCUGAAGCGAACAAGUUGAAGCUUACACCCCAGUUUCUUGAGCUUAAAUUCAUCGAGGCCAUUGCUGAUAAUACAAAGAUUUUCUUUGGGGACAAGGUUCCCAACAUGGUUUUGGAUCAGAGGUUGCUUGGAAACUUCCUGCAUCAGGUUUCAGAAGAUGCAUCAAGAAAAGCAUCCGGAGAUGAAACCUUAGAAAUAUAGAUCCAAGAUUCAGCCUCUAAUGAUCAGGUAUACGGGUCUUCCUCUCUUUCUUUCUCAAUAUUGGAAAAACUCUCUCAUGGUACAUGUCAAAAGAAUUCUCCACGGAGCACGAACAGGUUCUUUCUUUCGUCCUUCCGAGAUCAAACUGUUUACUUUGCAGAGGGCACGUGGAGGGAAACUUUGGUAUUCGGAUAUUAUUUGUAUCAAAUUCAUUUCUUUAUGAGAACGUUAGGAUUCUUCGUGUUCUUUUGCUCGGUGAAGUUUCGGAUAAAAACGUUAUAGCAUUUCAAGUGAAUCAAUAAUAACCCUUGGUUCUUCAA